AUGACAAGAUCACGUACUUCGUCAUACAUUCGUCUGGCAUUUCUAAUGGGUCUUACUUGGUUAUUACUCUUAGUAUGUUUAUUAGUCAAACAGUCGUGGUUAUGGAUGAUGUUUGAUGUGGUUAACACACUGCCUGGUUUAUACAUUUGUAUUGCUUUUCUGCAUAAUCAGCGUAUAUUAAGCAGUAUCAAACAAAAAUUAUUCGGUAGUCUAAGCACAACAUUGUCAACAAAAAAUUCGACCAAUGUCGAAACACUACUCAAAUCACCAACCUCAAUGUCCACGUCGUCAAAAUCUGCCGAGCAUGAUGUGACUGCAACCCAAAGUUUAAUUACUUCAGCGACAAAAGUUGAAAAAAAAUCAGACACGAGGGCACAAUGA